CUCCACUAACUCUGCCCGAUUUUGAUCCUCGUCCUGUGGUGCCAACCACUCUUCCAACCAGCGACAUGGCGACAAGAUACCCUUUGUCUGUCGAUCGUUGCGUAUCGGAUGUGCCUAUCCAUGCCCGGCUCAUCAAUUCCGACUCACUUUUUGACAACCAUCGAUAGUCUUCGCGAUUUCAAUGUCGUCGAUUACUCGCCCCGACAAUCCUCGGCCAUGCCACUGAUGGUACCCAUCCAGUGUCUUUUCUUCGCCUUCGUGGCCGCUGCUUGUGUCCCGGUUUCGACAUUGCUUCUUAUUUUCAACCUCCUGUGUAUAUCGCUUCCGCCUAGGACUUCGUUCCACCAGCGUCUCAAGAGAGUGCCAGGGUUCCGAUCGAGGACGAUUUUCAUCACGGGAGUCAACACACCCCACGGUUUGAGACUGGCUAGGGCAUUUCAUUCCACCGGUCACAAAGUCGUUGGCGCUGAUUAUGAGCCUGAUGCGUUUCCUAUCCACGUGCGGUUUUCGAACGCUUUAAGCCGCUUCUACCGGCUGCCGCCCAAAUCCGACCACAGCCACCAGGUCGCGUACAUCGCAUGCCUGGUCCGGAUUAUAGAGCAAGAGAAUGCUGAACUUUGGAUCAACUGCACGACCAGUGCAGAUCCCAGUACCGAGGCACAAGCGAGGAGUGUUAUUGAGCAGAACAACAAGUGCCAAUGUUUCGCCCUUCGAGUCAACGAUGUCCCCUAUUUCGCGACAAGGGAAGCAUUUCUCUUAUACACGGCCAGCCAAGGAUUACCGAUACCCGAAACAUAUCAUGUCAAAUCACGAGAUGAGGUACACAAUGUGCUCAACAAAGCUCGCGGAAGACGGAAGUACUUGCUGCAUAGUCUGGACCAAAAUGGAGAUCACGCCAACUCGACCAGGACAGUACUUCCGCGGAGGACACUGAGUCAAACCUACAAUACAGUGUCCCAGAUGGCCAUUACGAGCACGGUCCCCUGGAAGCUGGAACAGGACGUGAAUGGACUGGAGAGAUAUCACACCUUUGCGAUCAUCGUCAGAGGCUCUCUCAGAGCCUUUGCCGCCAGUCGGCCGACAUAUCUUGGCUGCUAUCAGCUCGUGGAGCCCAAAUCCGCCCUCAGUAUGUCCAUGUUGCGGUUUGUUCACACGUUUGCACGCAACCAGGGCCAUGACUUCACUACACAUUUGGGAAUCGACUUCUGUGUUGAAGAGCAGGUUACCGAAUCUGGGGUGGCCCAGAUCAUCCUCCCGGUCCAGGUCUGUGUCCAAGCUCAGGCCGCCGCGCAGCUGUUUCAAGGCCUGGGUGGGUCAGUUCAAUUGACUCGAGCCUAUCUAGAGUGUUUGACUGAGAAUGAACUCAGCGUCGGCAAGCAAAUAACGAAACCAGCCCCUGCAGUCACACAGCACACUCUACAGGACGACGUAGCCAUGCCGGAUUCGACAACAUCUGGAACGUACUGCUUCGGCCAGGAUCUCCUGCAGUUGUGCUUUGGGCCACUCCUCAGCAUGAUCACCUUGAGGAUCGGUAUCAUUGACUGCACCCAACAGUUGAUUCGUUUCUUCAACCACCUGGUUUUCUGGGAAGAUGACUUGUACAACUUUCGGGACCCAGUACCUUUUUGGUGGUCUUACCAAGUCUACAUUCCGUUGCGAUUUGUCAGGACUGCAGUGGCUUGGACUCACGACGUCCCUUGAUAGCUGACGAAGACUGAUCUUGACAUUGCUGACCAAACAUCAGGUGUCAAACGUCUGUACCUUAAGAGCGCAAUGGCUCCAAGAGUUCGACAAGAGCGAAGUCCGUGUCUCCCAAUGAGCAGUGGACGUAUUCGUCAGGUCCAGACUUUAGCUUGUUUUACCCCGAAGUCGCUGUCAACCAGAUUGCCACUGCUAGACGCUGUGUGCAUCAGCGGGCCGCGGAUCAUUGCCUCUAAUUUCUGCAUGGCCUCAUAGCCAAUACUGGGUGGAAAAUGCUAUUGAAGCUGAGAAUCACCCGGUCCAAAUUGGGUUCACCGUGACAAAAGUUCAUAGGAGACUGAUCUCUAUCCGCGAAGCCAGUACGAUACGGAGUCGGCCGUGUGUCUGGGGGCGAUACAGCAUUCGUUUGCUGGAAAAUAAGGGCGGAAAAUGGGUGGACAUCGCUCGACUCGGUGUGAACCAAAAGUGCGUCGAAUCAGGACUCAAACCCAGGCCACACGUAAUCUGGCAAAUCGUCUUGAUGAUCAACAAUUUGCAAGAUUGAAGACUGAAUUACUACACUCCUGCACCUGUUUUCGCGGGCGAGCGAGACUUUGCCAAUGGCCGACCCUGCGAGAAUCGGGCUUCAUGGAAAUUGCGGCUGGCUGGAGCGGUGGGUUUUCACGUCAAACAUGCAGCAUGAUGGAAAAAUCCGACACUUGCUGCAAGGUUGGAAGCGAACAGGCACGGGCGUGCCGUUCAUGCCUUUUCCUUAUCUGGAAGUCUAGGCGAGCAAAGCUCCUUUCUUCUUCAAUGGGCCGAGCUGAAACGGGCAUGAGGAAGAGCGCCCAGUUUCGUGCUGGGUUAGCGUGGGGUGUCCCAAGCGAACACUUUCGUCCCUUCGAGAUGUGCUAGCGAGUCUGGUCCAGCUCGAAGGAUGGCGUCCAUUCUCUCCUCUACUCACCAGCGCACCAUCUCUCCUCUCAGCUUAGCACGGAGGAGAGCCGUGGCUGGUCUCCCGUAUGGAGCCUUCUGAAACCAACUGCAAAGGCACCUCCGGAAACCGAUCCCUGGUCAAUAGAUGCAGGAUGCGAUUGGAAGGGAACGCAAAUGGUCUGCAACCGCUAGUACUCGUAAAACAUUUGUCAAAGGAUCGGCGCAAACGAUGCGAGGCAGGAACAACGUCCCUCUCACGGAUACAGAUGCCACCAUGAGGAACGCCUCCGAGAAUGAGGUCAAGGGCAGAGUUCUGUGCGGCUGUUCCUCAAACAGUGUUCAAAACGGCGGUGGAGAUACCUGCAGGUGUAGAGGAGGGUAUACUCUGGAGCUGAGGUGCAUCGCAUUUUGGUGCUCCUACGUCGCAGAGGCGGCAAUAUGGCGUGACCAUGCAGGGUCGGCGAACCUACAACUUCGACACUCGCUUGGUCUACAAGGCAAUCUGAACCACCACACUACCUCAAGAGAAUAUCCAGCUCAAAGCUGUUCGUUCAAGGGGCAACUAGCACAUCUCGAGUAUUGAAAGGGGCUGUCCGUUCGAAGAGGAUCCCGUGUCUAAAUGACAUAACAUCGGCUAGGGAGUGCCGAAACCCCAGGAAAUUCCACCAAGAUCAGGGAGGACGAAGAACCUGGAGUCCGAUCCAGCUCAAAAUGUGCGCAAGCAUGCGGGCUAGCACAGUCCUUGGGGGCCAGUUCUGCCGCCGCUACUGAGACCUUGUGGACAAUGCACUGGCACCCAUCUAGAAAAGGUUGGUGCUCAAGACCCGCGGUGGAUGGGCGAUUGGUGAUGGUGCCCUCGUCAAUUCGUUGGUUCUGGCCGGGCGCCGCGUCUUGGGUUGAAGCCCGAGGGCGAGUCGACGGCCGGCGCAACUGCAGUGUUUGCGCGUUGUGGAGAGUCUGGACCUGCGCCGAGCACGCCGAGGACGCCUCCUCGCAUCCCAUCGCAGCCAUCCUCGCUAUUCGGGUUUCUGGGGGGGUCACACGCUGGGAUAGACGAUGCUACCCCGCAAAACCAGUGAGGGCCUGGGGGGUGGGUGGAGCAAAGAAAAAAAGCAAAUUGGUGGCGGUGAGUGCAGUCGGUUAGUUGUUUUGGGCUCUCUGCAGCCGUGCGAAAGGACGGGGCAAAGAAACGACUUUGCAGGAAGGAAAAAGGGGGUGGAGGAACUACUACUGCUAGGUAGGUAGGGAGGAUGGAGGAGUAGUAGAGAGUAGUCGUAUGAGCACAAUAAUGACCUUUGACCACGA